AGCAUUUGCUUGUGCCGUUCUGUUCUCUGCAGUAGUUGGCUGGGUAGGGAGAGAUGGAGGAAGCGGGAGAGAAGAUGCUGAUAUUCAGGGACAUAAGGCGGUAUUUCUGCGAUUACUCUGGCAUCUGCAGGUCCAAGAAACCUCUCAUCGCCUCUCACAUCCUCACCAAUCAUAAGGAUGAAAUGGAGAAGAGGGCCGAGACAGAAGAGACAAAAGGUCUAAAACAAACAAAUACUCGCAAAAAAUGCGGUGCCAGCUUCAAGAAACCUGCAUAUUUGAAGCAACACAUGCAAAGCCAUUCCCAUGAGGUAACUUGUUUAAUGUAUAAUGGAGAACUACCUUUCGUGAUUUAUAUAACCUCUUCAAUGAUUUCCCCUAUUUCCUAUGAAGUUGGGUGUGGAAAAGUGUUUAAGUUUGCAUCAAAGGAUUCCCAUGUUAAGUUGAACACAGUCGAGACAAUAUGUGCGGAACCAGGUUGUAUGAAAACAUUCACCAACACACAAUGUCUCAAGGCGCAUAUUCAAUCAUACCACCAGCAUAUCACCUGCGAAAUAUGUGGGACCAAGCAGCUCUAAAAGAACAUUGAAAGACACCCGGAUGAAGAAAAAAGUUCGCCAGAGAGCAUUAAAUGCAACUUUAAGGGUUGUGAUCACACGUUCUCAACUAAAUCGAAUCUCAAUCAACAUGUGAAGGCUGCAUACCUGAAACAGAAACCUUUUGCCUGUGGCUUUGCCGGUUGCAGCAUGAGAUUUGCGUACAAGCUUGUGAGAGAUAGCCAUGAGAAGACCGAAUGCCAUGUUUACACCCAUAGGGAUUUUGAAGAGUCUGAUGAGCAGUUCCGUUCACGGCCAAGGGGUGGGCGGAAAAGGAAGUAUCCAAAUGUAGAGACGCUGAUAAGGAAAAGGGUCACCCCACAAUCAAUCGGAUGGCAUUUCUGAGUAUUUUUCCUUGUUCCUUUCACAGGAGCGGCAGAGCUGAGAUAUAAUUAGUAAUAACACUUCAACCUAGUACUGGUAGAUAGUAGUUGUCCGUAGGUGGUUUUUGGUGUUCAUAUAAAGAGACAUCAUAUAAUAUGUAUAGCCUCUUAUUAUUUGGUUGCAUUGAGUGUUAACUGGAUCUAUGGGUCAUGUAAUACCUGUCUCAUUGGGGCCAAAAAUAUUUCCCACUACGUAUAUCUAGUUUCUUGACUACCGAUGGUGCUCAGUAAUUAAUCUUGGCUAAUCUUGAUUUUUGUCAAUGUGUUUUGAGUUUUGUACUCCUUUUCCUUUAGAUGUUUUGUCUUUUGGUUGUUCGGUCUUAUGAAUAAGCCUAUCUUUGAGGCUGAAUGGAGCUGAAUGUAAUUUGCUAUUUUACGUAC